AUGGCUCUGUUGGAAAGUGCCAAGCUGGAAGAAGCCACCAGGAGCGUGAUGACGGCAGGGGCGGGGGGCCAGGCGUGCAGAGGAUGGGGCCGGGCAAAGAAGGGGGGGCAGCAGAAGGAGCUAUUCCCCAGCCGCUGCACCGUGACCAGAGCAGCCGCGAUUAGAGCUCUGAACCCGCCUCGUUUCAGGCUUCCUCCUCCUUUCCCUCCUCCUUCUGCACCGACACCCCCUGGGUCUCUCCGUCGUGGAGGACGGCGCUCCAUCUGGGGAGACUGCGGCGCAAAGCCUCGAGUACCCCCAGGGACGCUGAGGAACAGAGAAAAGCGAGCCAGAGCAACUCCCGCCCCCCAGGAGCCGGGAACAAAGACCCCUUUGUUCCAGCUCUGUCCCUCUCCCGGGAGACCGGAGUCCCGUGGGUGUGGUGUCGUGGAGAGGAGGAGACAGGUCGCCGCAGGGCUCAGGAGGGGACUCCCUCUCCACCUACAUUCUGUGAAAGGAAACCACCCAAACCUAGGGUGCAUCCCUGCGAGAGGGCAAAGGGACGUGCGGAGCCCUGGUUCUCCUGAAGCCCUAGCAAGGGGGAAACGGAAAGUUAAGAGCACAGGAGAGAACAAACAGAAGCCCAGGUGCUGCUGCACCCGGAAAGGAAGGAGGGAAACGCCAACAGGUGUCUGCGGUGCUGCAGCAACCGCUGGGUCCCCUCCUCCAGGAUCCGGGCGUGGCAGCAGGUGCAAGCAGCCCCAAAACAUCUGGUGGAGGCUCUUGGCUCAAAUCCCAGGGGAUCCUGGGUACUCUAGGGGUUUCCUCGCUGUGGUCCUGGGUUCCGGGAGGGCGGGGUGGAGAGGGAAAGGAGGAGGCUUCUUGUCCCCGCCCCUGGUCCCCUUUAUUCGUGAUGCACUUCCUGCUGCCGAGGAUUCCCUUUGUGUUGAGAGUCCAGAUCCGCCCACACACGCUGGAGCGGGAGGGCCGGGGAUUCCGGGUGGGUGGCCACCUUCUAAGCCUCUGGCUGUGAGUCCCUUUUUCUUUCGGUUACCGCUGCUGAUCCGCGAUGCUCCUCUCCCUCACCCGUUCUGUAUGGAGCCAGUUCCUUGCGGGGAAACCUAGCUGUUUGGUUGCCCUCCCACCCCCUCUCCACACAGCUGAGUUCUGCUGGCUCCCUCUUGGGCGGAGCCAGGAGAGAGAGAAAUGGGGGAGUCCCUGCUCUGCUUGUGCUUGGGCGGUUCCUGGCGCCCAAGAAAACUCAGGCUGCUUCUGCCAAUGGAAGAGUGAGAAGUGUCUUGAAGCUAAGCACGAAAUGUAUGUGUAAGCCAAUAUAAGUGUGCCUGAACACGAAAACGACAACUUUUUUUCUCUUUAGUCUGGCCUGGCUUGCUAGAAAGAAACCAUUCCGGGGCUUAGUAACGGAAACUCAAAAGGCCAUUUGGGUUCCCUGGCAAGAGAAGCCAGAUAUGUACCAUCUCAUAAUUUAGUCUUUCCUCCAGGAUCCAGAACAAGUCAAGGCUAGUGCUAGUCACAACCUCCCUGCCUUUAACUCACCUUCAAUCCCAGCCUCCCACCAAACUGAACUUGGUAAAUAGACCACAGUGCCUCUUGUUUCCUUUUCCUACCAGGAUGUCUUUCUCGUGAAGACAUCUUUUAUCUUUGGUCUUGAGUUCCAGGAUCUCUAAGCUAAGCUCAAACACCCACUGGUAUUCCUGCUAAGUGUAGCACCAAAGGCCUAAUUACCCUAUUAAAACCUAACUGCCACGGGAGGCUAAGCACGCUGGGCCCUGUUAAUUGUAUUUUGUCACCUUCAAAUCAAAGACAGAAAUGUGUCCUGACAGGCAACCGUUUUAAACUUUAUCUUUUCCUUAAAGGAAAAUUCUUUGCUGAUGGACCAAAAGAACAAAAAUUCACUUUAUUGCACAUCCUUCUCUACUGCAGGGAUUCAGAACUUUCUCUGUGGCCCCACAAUAUACACAAUCUACAGCCCUUAUGAAAAGGUCAUAAUUCCCUACACCAAAUUCCCUGAAUUCAAACACAAAUAAUAUCUUGCAAGCUGGAUUUGCCUGCAGGGACACAGCUUUCCUUAAUGCUUGUCAAGGCUAACUAAACUUCUUCAAGAUACAACUGCCAGAGUUCACUAAGAUAGACUAGGGUAAAGUAGUUUGGUCUGUUGUAGGUUACAUGUCUCCCCAAGAAAAUCACACACUGUUCCCUUUCUUGUUAUAUUUUGGCUGAGGCCCUAGCCCAUAUGGUGAUGCUCUCACACUAAAAGUAGGUCCUCUCUUCUCAGUUAAUGGUCUGGAAAUACCCUCAGAGGCAAGCCAAACGCAGUCAAGUUGAAAAUAAAGACUAAGCACCACAUACUCCUAAUACAACAACCCAGGGUAAAAGAAAGUCAGCACCUUUUAGUUGCACAACCUUAAACAGAGGCUUCCAUUGCCAUCUUUGACCGGAAAAACCACCUGGAAGGUCACACAUCUGUUUUCUGUUUCUAUCAAGCAGUUACAUGUGUGACUUGUUUGAAGAGCUCAUUGAUCAUAAAUCGCUGAGGGAGACAGAAAGAGAGAAAGGGGGAGGGGAAAGAAAGGGACCAUAUAUUUGGGCUCUGUACAAAGGUAAAUUAUAGCAACAGUGGUGGUUAAUCUUAGUAGUCCUCUUGGUUAGCUUAAGAAAUGCCACUAGUGAGUUAGGGAGUCACCUGUAAUCCUCUUGGUUAGCUUAAGAAAUGCCACUAGUGAGUUAGGGAGUCACCUGUGCAUGUGUGAAUGUGUGUGUGUGUGUGUGUGUGUGUGUGUGUGUGUGUGUGUGUUAGGGCAGUUCUAGAUUAAGCAACAUGGGGAGAGUCAUCCUGAAUGUGAAUGUCACCAUCCUAAUGUGCUGGCGUCCAAUACUGAACAAAACUGGAAAAAGGAGCAAGCCUCCAGCUUUGGGCUAGAUGUGAACCGACUUGGAAAUCUGCUGACAAAACAACCACCUAUUCAUAAUUUUGCAUAAGUCAGUGAGUUAAUUGUGAAAAGCAGACAUAGUUGUUACUAAAUUACUGGAAAGACUCAAUAAAUAUAGAAGACUAUGACUUUGGCUUAUUUGUAAAUACCUUCAUUUUAAAAAGUUAGCUAAUGAACCUGAGGCACUUGUUGGGUAGUGAGUUCUUGGAUGUACAAGAAUAUCUAAUAGCAUCCACAAUUCUUAAACAAUUUCAUAAGAGUUCAGUCACAGAACCAAGUCACAUUCCAAGCCUCACUCCUAAUCCACAAUGCUGAGCCUACUUAAAGAAUGGAAAUCAAAUCUCAUCAUAAUGGCCUUUUGAAAGCAUCCUGUCACAGGAAGCUCAGUAGUAUGGCAUCUCUACCUCUUAUG